GUCGCAACGAAGGUAAAGUUAUGAAUCGAAGCUCUGAACUCUCUUCCCCACUAAACUAGCCAGACUCGCUCUUCCCAGUCCCUCACUAUUACUCUCACUGAAAUCAACUUUCUUCUCUUCUCUUCUUCUUUAUCGUGUUCCCGUGCAGAGAAUGGCAGGAGAAGAAGGCCACGCAAUCGGGAUUGAUCUGGGGACAACGUACUCGUGUGUAGCAGUGUGGGAGCACGACCGUGUGGAAAUCAUAGUGAACGAUCAGGGUAACAGGACCACUCCAUCUUGUGUUGCCUUCACUGAGACUGAGCGAUUGGUUGGUGAUUCAGCCAUCAACCAGGUCAUCAGGAACCCCACAAACUCCAUUUUUGAUGCAAAGAGGUUAAUUGGUAGGAGAUUCAAAGAUGCCACUGUUCAAAGUGAUUUGAAGCUUUGGCCAUUUAAAGUCAUUAAAGGUCCUGGCGGCAAGCCCUUGAUUGUGGUCACCCAUGACGGACAAGAAAAACAGUUUGCUGCCGAAGAAAUUUCAGCCAUGGUUCUAGCGAAAAUGCGGGAGAUUGCUGAGGCCUACCUCAAUUCCACUGUAAAGAAUGCAGUUAUCACUGUCCCUGCUUACUUCAAUGAUUCACAACGUCAGGCUACAAAACAUGCUGGAAGCAUUGCUGGCCUAAAUGUGAUGCAUAUCAUCAACGAACCAACUGCUGCAGCGAUUGCUUAUGGCAUUGACAAGAAGGCUGGUUGGUAUAGCAAGAGAAAUGUGAUGAUAUUUGAUUUAGGUGGUGGUACUUUAGAUGUAUCACUACUUACCAUAGGUGAUGGUGUGUUUCAAGUGAAGGCCACAGCUGGAGACACUCACCUUGGAGGAGAAGACUUUGAUAACAAAAUGGUGGAUUUUUGUGUUGAGCAAUUCAAGAAGAAGCAUAAUGUGGACGUGAGUGGAAACUCUAGGGCACUCAGGAGGUUAAGAAAUGCAUGUGAGAAAGCAAAGAGGAGGCUUUCAUUUACUUCAGCCACUGACAUUGAAAUCGACUGUUUGUAUGAGGGUACUGAUUUCUAUACAACUAUUACCCGUGCCAAAUUUGAGCAACUGAAUAUGGAUUUCUUUAACAAGUGUAUGGAGCCAGUCCAGCAGUGUUUGAAGGAUGCCAAUAUGGAAGUGAGCAGUGUCCAUGAUGUUGUUCUUGCCGGUGGAUCUUCUAGAAUUCCCAAAGUGCAGCAACUAUUGCAGGAUGUGUUCAAGGGGAAGCAGUUGUGCAAGAGUAUCAAUCCGGAUGAGGCAAUUGCGUAUGGUGCCGCUGUUCAAGCUGCAGUCUUGAGUGGGAAUGUGAAUGGGAAUCUUCAGGACUUUUCUAUCUUGGAUGUCACACCUCUGUCACUUGGGGUGGAGGUUACAGAAAAUCCUGUCAUGAAAGUUGUGAUUCCAAGAAACAGCAGGAUUCCCAUCAAGAGGAACACGACUCUAGUUACUCUCUAUGACAAUCAAAAGUCGGCGUGGUUCCCCAUUUAUGAGGGUGAGAGUACAAACACCAAAGAGAAUAAUUUUCUGGGUGAAUUUGUUCUCGAGGGUAUUCCUCCAGCUCCAAAGGGUGCUGCUAAAUUCGAUGUUUGUUUCAGUAUUGAUGCCAACGGUAUUCUAAGUGUCUCUGCUGAGGAUAAGUCUACCGGCCAGAGGAAAGGGAUUACAAUCAUGAGUGCUAAAGACAUAAGGAACUUUGAAGGGAUUGAGUUAGUGAACUGAUUAAGAAGCCUGGUUCUAGAACUGAAUUAGGACAUAUAAUAUAAAAUUAGCUUUACGUUUUAAUUUUUUGAGUUGUUUUAUCUUUAUUGGAAUAUAAAUGAAUCUAUAAGUAAAACAUACAAAGUAUAUAAGCCUGUGGAAAAGUUGUCGGUGGCCAUGGCCAUUGCAGGCCUCUACUUCAGUCCGCCCCUGACUUCUAUCAAUGUAUGUUAAAUUUACUUGUAUAUGGGUGUGUCUUGGCAAGUGGCAACUGUAUCGAUUUUGUGUAUUCAAAGACAAAAAAAAGAUAGCA